AUGUUCCUUCUUCUGAUGCUUCUCACCCAACUUGGCUGGUUGCACGCAGGUCACAAUCCUCAUAAAACAAUUCUGCAGACCACAGUUCCAGAGAAGAUUUCAUCAUUUGACACAAGCAAAGAUCCAGAAAAUAAUAUUGCUUAUAUCAUUACAAUAGAAGGAAAGCCAUAUUUUGUCCAUCUCACAAGACAAUCAUUUUUAUCUCCAACUUCUGUUAUUUAUUCUUAUGGCAAAGAGGACACUCUACUUUCUAAACCUUUGCUAGGACAGAUAAAUUGCAAUUAUGAAGGAUAUGUGGCAGGUUUCCCACAUUCACUUGCGACCCUCAACACCUGUUCUGGACUCAGGGGGAUAUUGCAGUUUAAAAAUAUCUCAUAUGGAAUUGAACCAAUGGAGGCUGAAUCGGGAUUCAUGCACAUGAUUUUCGAAGAAGAAAAUGAUAACAUUGAUAUUCCUCUCUUAAAAGAAAAUGACACUUCUGCUUGGCUUGAUAAUUCACAGUAUCAGGUCAGAAAAAGUUCAAAAAGAACUGAAAUGUCCAUGCUCUUUCCUCGAUAUCUUCAAAUGCAUAUUGUUGUGGACAAAAAUUUGUUUGAGUACAUGGGAUCUGAUAUAAAGGCUGUGACACAGAAGAUUAUUCAGAUAAUUGGCCUUGUUAACACUAUGUUCAGCCAGUUAAAGCUGACUGUUUUAAUAUCUUCCAUAGAAAUCUGGUCAAAUGAAAACAAAAUUUCUACAAUAGGGAAUCCUGAUAAUGUAUUAUUUAGGUUUUUAAAAUGGAAAGAGCAGUAUCUUGUGGAUAGACCUCAUCAAAUUGCAUAUUUAUUAGCCUUCCAGAAACAUCCUGAUUUUAUAGGAUCCACAUUUCCUGGAAAAGUAUGUGAUAGGGAUUAUGCUGCAGGAGUUGCUUUGUAUCCAGGGGGUUUAACCUUGGAGUCAUAUUCUGUUAUUAUUGUGCAGUUGCUUGGCCUUAAUCUGGGAUUAAAUUAUGAUACUGACAACUGCUAUUGUUCAGGAGAUGUUUGCACAAUGACACCAAAAGCAAUGCAUUCCAAGGGUGUAAAAUAUUUUAGCACCUGUAGCUUGGAUGAAUUUAAAUAUUUUGCUUCACAACCUGGUCUUCAGUGUCUUCAUAACUACCCUCUUGAUCAGCCAGUUUAUAAACAACAAAAGAAAAUAUGUGGCAAUGGAUUAUUGGAAAGUGGUGAACAGUGUGAUUGUGGAACUCUACAGAAUUGCACACACAAAAAAUGCUGUGAUCCUAGAUCAUGUACAUUUAAAGGUAAAGUGACAUGUGGUUCUGGAGAAUGCUGCUCCCAGGAUUGCAAGAUAAAACCACUUGGUGACAAAUGCAGGGACUCUUUUGAUGAAGAAUGUGAUUUUGUUGAAUUUUGUGAUGGAACGCACUCAUACUGUGUGCCUGACACUUAUGCACGCAAUGGAGAACUUUGUGAUUCAGGCGAUUCCUACUGUUUUGGAGGACGAUGCCGGAUGUUUAACAGACAGUGCCAGAAAUUAAUCGGAGGCGAUGCUAGAGGUGCUCCAUUUACUUGUUAUGAUGAAAUAAAUAGCAGAGCAGAUAGAUAUGGAAACUGUGGAAGAAGACAUUGUACAUAUUCCGAUCUUCUAUGUGGAAAAUUAGUUUGUUCAUGGCCACACAAAAGAUUAAUAAAACGUCCAAAUUUAUCUGUGAUAUACACACAUAUACGAAACGAUAUAUGUGUUUCUACACAUAUAAGCAUAGAGAAGCCUUCAGAUAGACAGUCAGUGACAACAGUUAGAUCACCUGAGGAUCGAGAUGAGACAUUCGUAGAAGAUGGCACCAUUUGUGGUCCUGAGAUGUAUUGUAAAAAAUUUCGGUGUGUGGAGGUUCGGCAUGAGAUCGAUUUGACUCAGUGCAAUCCUGCUGUAACUUGCAAUUUGCAUGGAACUUGCAAUAAUCUAGGCCAUUGCCAUUGUCAAAAGAACUUUGCUCCUCCUGACUGCAGACCACUGAAAGGAGAGUUUGGAAGUAUUGAUGAUGGACAUCCGAUUAAAAGUGCGAAGGUUUUUCUUGAGGGAAGAUAUGCCACUUCUCAGAAAAACUGGCUUCAAGUCAUUUUAUACGUUUCCCUACCUGUGAUCAUGAUUACUACUGCUGCUGUUUUAUUAAAGCAGAAUAAAUUAAGAGAUUUAUGCUACAGAGAAGAAACUGAAAGUGAGAGCUCUGUGUCAGAAGAAAGCAACAGUAUCAGCAAGUUAUCCCACAGUGAUAGCGACAAUCUCUAACAACCUUGAAUUGCUAAGACCUGGAGAGAGAAUAGUGCCAAAUGCCUCAUCAGAAACUGGCCUAAGCCAAGAAG